AUGCUUAUGUCAUUGUAUUAUCUAAUCCAUGACUACUCACUCCUCCUCACGUGCUCUCUCUACUCAGUCAGUCCAUCAGCCGGUCAGUCCACAGCACCUCACCACAAGUUCUCGCGCAUGCUCAACAAACUGGCAGACAACAUCAGGCUGGCAUGGCAAAAGACCAUCCAGGACGUCGCCGAACUGGACCACGCUAGAUCCCGCGCUCAGACAGACCAGUCAUUAUCUCGUCCUCCGCCGUUGCAGGUGCCCCCGCCCACCGCCGAUCAACCGCUGCAGUUCGAGAUGCUCAACUCUGCUGUUAACCAGAGCUCCUCUUCUCGCACGCAGACUAUGGCUCAUUCUCAGACCGCAGACUACUCUGCUCAGCACUCUCACCACAACCCCUCUGCUCCUCCAACCUCCAACCCACCCCGUCACCAACAAGUCAGCACCCAACUCUUUCUCUCCUCCUCUCUCUCAUCCCACUCCUCCUCUGCCUCCGCCUUUGCCACUACCUCACGCCAGCACGCAACCCCCACCGACAUGCAAACCCGCAAAAUCAUCCGUCUCGAGCAAACCCUCCGCGCCACGCACCAAAAAUACAUGCAAACCUCAGACGAACUCCGCGAAGCCCAGGACCUCAUCUCCCGUCUGCGCGAUCUCUUGGCUGACCAGGAUGACUGCAUCCGCGCGCUCGAAAUGGAUAUCGCGUAUGAAGAGCACUCGGUCUUGGUCGCUGCCAACGUCGAUCUCGAUGCUGUCAAUGAGGCGAAUGAGAGAUCUGUACAAGUAAGGAAGCCGCUGCGGCCGGAGCCUGAACAGAUGAUUCAACAGUUGCAGCAGCAGCAGCAGCAGCAGCAGCAGCAGCAACUCCCCCGAGGCACAAAACGUUCACAUCAACCCGCAGACAACGACGCCACGGCCGCAGCCCGCCUAAAGCGCUCCGCAUUCUCUGUUCUCACCAAUGAAAUCAAGGACCGAAGCCGUAUAGACCGCGACCUCCCCAGUUACAUGCGGCCCGAUACAAAAGCCAAAUCCGGCAAACAUAGCGCGAAGGAGAAGGCGAAGGAGAAGGACAACUCGAUCAUAUUCUCUACUCAAUUAGACAAGUACCUGGUCCCGUCUGAGUUGCGGUACGGUCCGAAUGACGAGGACGACGGCGAGGACGAGCCGACUGGGUCGUUUGAGCAAAUGUCGCCUGUCCAACUCGAUCAGAUCAGACUUAUGUUUCGCAACGCAGACAGGCCUUUAACCAGCGCCCAGCACGCGUAA